AUGGGGGGCAAGACUGCUACCAAGGCCGCUUACUUCGAGAAGCUCAAGAGCCUUCUCGAUGAGUACUCUACCGUCUUCAUUGUCGGUGUCGACAAUGUCAGCUCUCAGCAGAUGCACGAGAUUCGUCUGAGUCUCCGUGGCGAGGGUGUCGUCCUGAUGGGCAAGAACACCAUGGUUCGCCGUGCCAUCAAGGGCUUCGUCACCGACAACCCGGAGUACGAGCGUCUGCUCCCUCACAUCAAGGGCAACGUUGGUUUCAUCUUCACCAACGGUGACCUCAAGGCCACCAAGGAGAAGAUCCUGGCCAACCGUGUCGCCGCCCCUGCUCGUGCCGGUGCCAUCGCCCCUGCUGAUGUCUGGAUUCCUGCGGGUAACACCGGUAUGGAACCCGGUAAGACCUCUUUCUUCCAGGCUCUCGGUGUCCCCACCAAGAUUGCUCGUGGUACCAUUGAAAUCACGACCGAUCUCAAGCUCGUCGAGGCCAACACCAAGGUCGGCCCCUCCGAGGCCACCCUGCUGAACAUGCUGAACAUCUCUCCCUUCACCUACGGUAUGACCAUCUCCCAGGUCUACCAGGAGGGUCAGUGCUUCAGCGCCGCUGUUCUGGACAUCGAGGAGCAGCAGCUCCUUGACGCCUUCAGCGCCGCCAUCAAGACCAUCACCACCAUCUCCCUGGCCACCAACUACCCCACCGUGCCCUCGGUCAUGCACUCCCUGGUCAACGGCUACAAGAAGGUGCUGGCUGUCGCCAUCGAGACCGACUUCUCCUGGCCCGAGAUUGAGGAGCUCAAGGACCGCAUCGCUAACCCCGAUGCCUACGCCUCUGCUGCUCCUGCCGCCGCCGCUGCCCCUGCUGCCGGUGGUGCUCCCGCCGCUGAGGAGAAGAAGGAAGAGGAGGAGGAGUCUGACGAGGACAUGGGCUUCGGUCUGUUCGACUAA